AUAUAUGAAUCACCCCCAAUACAGUCAGCUAUUUAGCCUUCUUGGAGAUAUCCAACUUCCUAUUGAUCCUCAAUUCAAGUUUCCAACGUUGAGGAUUCCCAGCUCUUUUUCAUGCUCUAAUAUUUGUUUCAGCAUGAAGCUCAAUGAACUGUGUCAUUCUUCGGACUUUGCUCCUAUCAUCAAAGAUGAAGAACAACCAAGAAGCUUCAUCCAAAUCAGGGAUUUGCCAAAGCAUGAGAAUAUGCCCAGUCUUUCACACAGAUCCUCUGCUCCACACAGAAAACAGAUUGAAGACAGCGACUCGACGCAUCACUCUCAUGAAAGUCCUAAAUCUCAGCCAAAAGAGAGUAAAGAACAGAAGAGGAAAAACAACCUCAAGAGCAUAAUGAGGUUGAUCCAGUCCAGAAAGGCCGAUACGCUCCAAGAGUUGAGCCAUCUCAACGACGACGACAUUAUCCUACAAAGGAGCCCUAAGCCAAUAUCUAAAAACUCUAAGCUCUCACACUUCAGAGGGGUAUCCCACAACGGUCGUAAAUGGCAAGUCAUGAUAAUGGGAUUCGCCAAGAAGAUUUACUUUGGAGGGAUUUCCAGUGAGGAUGAAGCUUCUCACAAGUACGACAAAUACGCCAUCCUAAUGCAUGGCCUCGAGGCCAAGACGAACUACAACUACUCUAAAAGAGAGUUAUGCCAGAUUUUAAAUUCCGAUGUGGAACUUGACUAG